GUUUCUUACCGGACCAGCGUUGUAGCGGGCUCUCUUCCUGCCUCUUCCAAGCUCCUUUGAACAGCUGAUGACAACUUGCCAUCUAGCCGUCCAGAUUUUCUCUCUUUUCUAAAACAACAUAGCUCGACAUGAUUAAAGAGGAAGUCCAGGGGGCGACGGAGGAGGAGCAGCAGGCCCAGUCAAAGAAAGCGCUCAAGAAACAGCAGAAGGAAGCGGAGAAAGCGGCCAAGAAGGCUGAGAAACAGGCCAAGCUGGCUGCCGAUCAACAAUCCACCGAGGAAGAUGACUUUGCCAAGGAUCGCUAUGGUGUGUCUGCGAUGGUCCAGUCUCAACAAAAACUGGACAGAGCUCUGGUGAAAGUGGAGGACCUGACUUUGGAGAAGGUUGAUCAGCUCUUAUGGGUCCGGGCUCGAGUCCACACCAGCAGAGCCAAAGGGAAGCAAUGUUUCUUGGUCCUGCGUCAACAGCAGUUCAACGUGCAGGCUUUGGUCGCAGUGGGAGACCGUGCCAGCAAGCAGAUGGUCAAGUUUGCUGCAAACAUCACCAAGGAAAGCAUUGUGGACGUGGAGGCGGUGGUGCGAAGAGUGGAGCAGAAGAUUGAGAGUUGUUCCCAGCAGGACAUAGAACUACACAUUGAGAGGAUUUUCGUCAUUAGCCAGGCCGAGCCACGUCUGCCCCUGCAGCUGGAUGACGCAGUGAGGCCCGAUGGAGAAGGCGAGGAGGAAGGAAGAGCUACUGUGAACCAGGACACCAGGCUGGACAACAGGGUCAUUGACCUCAGGACGACCACCAGCCAAGCCAUAUUCCGUCUGCAGAGUGGAGUCUGCCAGCUUUUCAGAGACACCCUCACCAAGAAAGGCUUUGUGGAGAUCCAGACCCCCAAAAUCAUAUCAGCUGCCAGUGAAGGUGGAGCAAACGUCUUUACCGUGUCAUACUUCAAGACUAGUGCUUAUCUGGCCCAGUCUCCCCAACUCUACAAGCAGAUGUGUAUUUGUGCAGAUUUUGACAAGGUCUUCUGUGUGGGUCCAGUUUUCAGGGCAGAGGACUCAAACACCCACCGUCACUUGACCGAAUUUGUAGGUCUUGAUAUUGAGAUGGCCUUUAACUACCACUAUCAUGAAGUCAUCGACUCCAUUACCGACACUAUGGUGCAGAUCUUCAAGGGACUGAGAGACAACUUCCAGACUGAGAUCCAGACGGUGAAUAAGCAGUUUCCAAGUGAACCCUUUAAGUUCUUGGAGCCCACUCUCAGGCUUGAGUUCCAGGAAGCUGUGGCCAUGCUGCGGGAGGCUGGCGUGGAGAUGGGCGAUGAGGAGGACUUGAGUACACCCAAUGAAAAGUUGCUUGGGCGCCUUGUGAAGGAAAAGUACGAUACUGACUUUUACGUGCUGGAUAAGUACCCUCUUGCUGUCAGACCAUUCUACACAAUGCCUGACCCAAACAACCCUAAAUAUUCAAACUCAUACGACAUGUUCAUGAGAGGAGAGGAAAUCCUGUCUGGAGCCCAGAGAGUCCACGACGCUGAGCUGCUCACAGAGAGGGCCUUGCACCACCAGAUUGAUCUGGAGAAGAUUAAAGCUUAUAUUGAUUCCUUCCGUUAUGGAGCUCCACCCCAUGGCGGCGGAGGCAUUGGUCUGGAGAGAGUCUGCAUGCUGUAUCUUGGUCUCCACAACGUUCGUCAGACCUCCAUGUUCCCACGUGACCCUAAACGUCUCACUCCUUGAUGUGACAGCCUGGUCACAUUAUAAUGCCAGCACACACUGGACUAAUACACAAAAACUGGUGAAGGGAAACCAUACUAAUCCACUAUCCUUAAAUAAUAAGAAGUUAGUGCCACCAAUUUCAAUUAACGUGCCACUCUAAUUAACCAAUGAGAAAAUAAGCAGAUCAAAUAGUUUAGGUAAUGUUUACUGGUUUGUGUCACAAUAACAUGUACUGACAAAAGACAGUUUAGGGUCUUUUAAGAACAUAACUGCACAAACUAAUUGGUUGAUACAAAAAAAAGUCCAUGUUUUUUUUCUAUGGAUGUGAAGAAGAUGCAUUGAGUUCCUUUUGACCAGCAUAGACUCAAGCGAUGAUUGUGGACUCUAGCUGUAUGCCUGUCAUUGCAGGGUUUUUUACAUUACUCAGUGACUUUAUAGGUCACAAUAAUAAUAAAACAAGAAUUAAUAAAAAUAACUUAACUUUU